AUGGACAUCCUAAUAAAGAGUCGAGUGUCUGCGGAAGGCGACGGGCACCUAAUGAUAGAGGAGCAGAAGUCAGUCCACGCAGCAGGGCUCAGAACCAGCUACCAGCUGUCCAACAGACUAGUCAAAGCCAUCCAUCACCUCUCGUCUUCUCAGCGAGCCGCGAUCGGGCAGCUGGUGUUCAAGGGGAUGAAGCGCCUGAACCGGAUCCAGUCCAUAGUCUUCGAGACGGCCUACAACACCAACGAAAACCUUCUCAUCUGUGCCCCCACCGGAGCCGGCAAGACCAACAUCGCCAUGCUGACCGUCCUCCACGAGAUCCGCCAGCACCUGCAGCCCGGAGGCGUCAUCAAGAAGGAGGAGUUCAAGAUAGUUUAUGUGGCUCCGAUGAAGGCCCUGGCAGCCGAGAUGACUAAUUACUUCAGUAAGAGGCUGGAGCCAUUAGGCAUCACCGUUAAAGAACUCACUGGAGACAUGCAGCUAACCAAAGGAGAGAUCCUCCGAACACAGAUGCUGGUGACCACUCCGGAAAAGUGGGACGUUGUGACCAGGAAGAGCGUGGGAGACGUAGCUCUUUCCCAGAUCGUACGUCUGCUGAUCUUAGAUGAGGUCCACCUCCUGCAUGAAGACCGGGGACCCGUGCUGGAGAGUCUGGUGGCCAGGACCAUCAGACAGGUUGAGUCCACCCAGAGUAUGAUCAGGAUCCUGGGACUGUCGGCCACCCUGCCCAACUAUCUGGACGUGGCCUCCUUCCUUCAUGUCAACCCCUAUAUCGGCCUGUUUUUCUUCGACAGCCGCUUCAGGCCAGUACCUCUGGGCCAAACGUUUGUGGGAGUCAAAACCACCAACAAGAUUCAGCAGAUCCAUGACAUGGAGGAGGUUUGUUACGACAAAGUUCUGGAGCAGGUUAAAGCAGGCCAUCAG